GUGUGUCGUGUGAGAGAAAGAGCGAGGGAGGGAGAGAGAGAGAGAGAGAGAGAGAGAGAGAGAAAGAGAGAUGGAAUUUGGCGUCAGACAAGAAACUAGAUUGCUUGUGGACGAGGGAUUAGCUGCCGCGUCUUGUGCUUAUUUGCCUCCGUUUGCUUCCACAUGUCUAUGCAAAAUAUGCCAUGAAGAGGAGGAAGAGAGCUCCACCAGCAUGGAAACCCCUUGUGCUUGCUCUGGGACUCUGAAGUUUGCUCACAGAGAGUGCAUCCAGAGGUGGUGUGAUCAGAAAGGAAGCAAUGUUUGUGAAAUUUGCCUUCAGGUAUUUGAACCAGGCUAUACUGUUCCUGAAAAGAAGGCCUUGGUGGAUGUAGCUGUGACCAUCAGGGAAAGCUUGGAAGCCUCCAGGAUUAAUUAUGAUCCAGAAAACCCUGGAUCCAUCACUGUAACUGAUGAUGCAGCAGGCCCAGGUUACACUGUGUGUUCCCCUGGAUCGCAUGGAUGUACCUCUUGCUGUCGAUCUGUGGUUAUCACGUUCACUAUCAUGUUGCUGAUCAGGCAUUUGAUUGCUGUCAUAAUACUUGGGGCUAAUCACCACACAUUUGGCAUCCUCACAGUGAGUGUUGAUCUUAGUCUGUGGUCACUGGUGUUUCUGCUAAGAGCCAGUGGAAUUUUACUGCCAUUCUAUGUAGUAAUGUGGUCGAUAUCAGCAGUUCAACAGGCACAGAAGCAGUAUCAGCUGGAGCAACUCCAUAGGGGAGUUAAUUUAUUGGUCAAUGGAAUGGAAGAAAAUGAAGUUGAACACAACGCAAUCUAAAUGCAUCCAUGAUUGUCUAUGUCCUUUCCAUCUGAACACAAUAGCUCUUGCUUUGUUCCUAAAGAAGAAGAUGAGCUUGAACACAACACAAUCUACUUGCAUUAUCAAUGUCCUUUCCAUCUGAAACCAGCAGUUUAUAUUACUAUAGAAGGACCAACACAUUGGCUAUGAUUCUGAUACUUUUUCUUGCUUUGUUCCACAUGAUCUGCACGCAGAGCGACGGCUAGAUCAGUGGAAUAACUUCUUCAUUUGGGUAUAUGUGUUUCAUGAGCACCCCAAUGUCUUCAAUGUAGAACCAUAAAAUGUACUUUUGUACAUAUAAGAAAAUGUUAUUUAGCUGUGAUUUUUCA